AUGAUUAUCAUUUUGAUAGUGACUUUGACUCUAGUAAGAAGUCAUGAAAAUAUUGAACUUUCUCUAUUUUUGUCAAGUUUUUAUGACACUAAUAAGCCAGCUGAUAUUAUCGAAAACUGCGAAAUCCAGCCUGAGUGAAAACAAGAAGCUUUUUCAGACAAAGAAAUCGAUGUCUCAUCUUUCAAAAAAUUUUAUAUUUGGACUGAAAAUAAUGAGCCCAGGAAUAUCUCGAUAGCUGCUACAUCUUUAGGAGAAACCUUAAAAGUUUCUAUAUCUGAGAAAGAGCAUAGCAACUUGAAAAAUCAAAACAUAACUAUGACCCUUUGUGAUGCAGACGUUCAGAUUUUCCUUGUUGAGUUUGAGUGCGUAUCUGAUGACUCUAAUGUUGUCAGCAUAGAAAUAUGGGAUGGAGGCAAUAGCUAUUAUUUAGAUUUCACAAAAAAAUGUGAAUCAGGGGUUAGAGAUGAUUUGAUGAUUUAUUUUGGGGAAGGGUCUUUUGAAGUCACAAUUGUAGAUGAAGGAGAAACUGUAGAUGAAUGGAAAAACGGAACAAAAGAGGUUACCGGGCAUAAUGUGGGAUUCAGCUUGUAUAUUGAUUUAGGAGUACAGCUAUUAAAAGAAAUAGAAAUUAAAACAGAUCUUAGGUACAAUGCAAGAGGGUCCGCUAUAAAUUUGCAUUAUCUUAUCCCAGGGCAAAAAAUCAUAAGUUUAUUAUUUCUAGCUCCUGGAUCUGGGUUUGUUGAAAUCACAUUGCAUAUUGAUCCUUAUAAGCCAGUGAUAUUUAAAUGAAAACAAAUAGUCCCAGAAGCUGAUAUAUAUAUUUCAUAUGAAUAAUUUCAGCUCUCUCACUAGAAAUCCUCUAGAAAACAUUAUAGGCUAUUUAUAUUAAAAGAUAUACACUUCAAGCAACAACAUUAAACGUAGGAACUGAGCCUAGCAUAUAUGAUAUUGUCCAGGACGGGAAAGUUCUGAAAGAUUACACAAGCAUACCGAGCACUGAAUACUGGACAAAUUUUUUUAUUUCUCAUAAAACUCCUAUAAAAAUAGACACUCCAAAGCUCACCACAAACCAACACAUUUUGCAGCCUGAGAUGAUUCGUUAUUCCAAGGACAUUAACACAAGCCCAUCUCUCUUUGAAUUACGAUAUAGGUGCAUAAGUGAUGGAAUCACUAGAGUUAAAGUGACAAUUCCAAUAAAAGAUUCUGCUCCUGUAGAGUUCGAUCUAAUGAAAACUUGUUUAAAGCCAAGAAUUAAGAUUGAAAAAGACCACAAUUCAAGCAGUGGAAUCUUUAUAAUAGGAGUGCUGUUUUCUGCUUUAGCAAUGGUUGGUAUAUAGGUAAUUCCUAUAAUUGGCCCUAGAUGAGGAGUUAAAAAAUGAGCCUCUCUCCAGCUGGUUUGACAAUCCUGAGUCGAUUAAACCAACUGGAGAUUUCCCUCCAAUCUUCUGCUCUUAUAGGGCUACUUAAAAAGAAGAAGAAGAAGAAGAAGAAGAAGAAUAAGAAGAAGAAGAAAAGCAUUACUUUAGCCCUACAAUUUCCCCAGUACCACUCCCAGAACUUUCAAAACCCCCAAACUCCAAAAGCUCCAGGUGGCCGCUUAAAGAAUUAUUUUACCCUACCCUACUAGCAAUAGUAAAAGCAAAAGCAAACGCCAACACCAAACGCCAACACCAAAAAAAGCAGAAGCAAAAAGAACGACACACCUAUGUUUUCAGGCCUAUUCAAAUUCUGUGGAGUGACCCACAACUCCCCCCAUCAUCUGAGCUUUUACCACUCCACAACUCCCUGGGGCAUCGACCCCAAAAGACCAGUAACCCCAAAGGGCCACCACUGGCAGUUUUCUCCGGGCAGCAAACCCUUCCCCACGGAAGCAAACCUCCCCCGCGGCGACCUUCCGGUUGGGCCGCUUAAAGGAAUUGCCUAUAUUUAUGGGCAACAAGAAAAAAUAUAUUUAGAUUUUUGAUUAACUAA